AAGCUGGUGUUCAACUCCUCGUCUCCAGUCCCCAGUGAAGCUCUGGUCCUCAGUGCUGUCAACACUCUCCGUAAUUCCAGAGAGUCACAGCUCAAUGAAUCAGUGAAGGUGGUCAAUGUCACCUAUGAGAAAAUCUCCGAAACCUCCUAUGCUGUGGUCUUUACAUUUAACCUGGUUAACAUCAGCAUGCCAGAGGACCCUGAGCUCAGAGACAACACCUACCAGCAAGUGCAGAAUAUCAUCAAUAAUGCGCUGAACACUCUUCUGAAUGAACCUGGCCAGCCAGUUCUUGAACCCAAGUCCUCCACCUUCACAAGCACUUCAAGCCAGAUUGAUGGCAGGAUGGAUUACACCUUCCAGGAUGGAGAUGCCAUACAACCAGUCAGCUUCCUAAAUGAGCUACGUCUAUCGACCACUACAACAGUGUUUCCAGAAACAACAACUGGUUUCUCUGUUACUACUCCCAACCUCAUAUCUGGUUCAGUAGUGGUCACAAGCAAGCUGGUGUUCAACUCCUCAUCUCCAGUCCCCAGUGAAGCUCUGGUCCUCAGUGCUGUCAACACUCUCCGUAAUUCCAGAGAGUCACAGCUCAAUGAAACAGUGAAGGUGGUCAAUGUCACCUAUGAGAAAAUCUCAGAAACCUCCUAUGCUGUGGUCUUUACAUUUAACCUGGUUAACAUCAGCAUGCCAGAGGACCCUGAGCUCAGAGACAACACCUACCAGCAAGUGCAGAAUAUCAUCAAUAAUGCGCUGAACACUCUUCUGAAUGAACCUGGCCAGCCAGUUCUUGAACCCAAGUCCUCCACCUUCACAAGCACUUCAAGCCAGAUUGAUGGCAGGAUGGAUUACACCUUCCAGGAUGGAGAUGCCAUACAACCAGUCAGCUUCCUAAAUGAGCUACGUCUAUCGACCACUACAACAGUGUUUCCAGAAACAACAACUGGUUUCUCUGUUACUACUCCCAACCUCAUAUCUGGUUCAGUAGUGGUCACAAGCAAGCUGGUGUUCAACUCCUCAUCUCCAGUCCCCAGUGAAGCUCUGGUCCUCAGUGCUGUCAACACUCUCCGUAAUUCCAGAGAGUCACAGCUCAAUGAAACAGUGAAGGUGGUCAAUGUCACCUAUGAGAAAAUCUCAGAAACCUCCUAUGCUGUGGUCUUUACAUUUAACCUGGUUAACAUCAGCAUGCCAGAGGACCCUGAGCUCAGAGACAACACCUACCAGCAAGUGCAGAAUAUCAUCAAUAAUGCGCUGAACACUCUUCUGAAUGAACCUGGCCAGCCAGUUCUUGAACCCAAGUCCUCCACCUUCACAAGCACUUCAAGCCAGAUUGAUGGCAGGAUGGAUUACACCUUCCAGGAUGGAGAUGCCAUACAACCAGUCAGCUUCCUAAAUGAGCUACGUCUAUCGACCACUACAACAGUGUUUCCAGAAACAACAACUGGUUUCUCUGUUACUACUCCCAACCUCAUAUCUGGUUCAGCAGUGGUCACAAGCAAGCUGGUGUUCAACUCCUCGUCUCCAGUCCCCAGUGAAGCUCUGGUCCUCAGUGCUGUCAACACUCUCCGUAAUUCCAGAGAGUCACAGCUCAAUGAAUCAGUGAAGGUGGUCAAUGUCACCUAUGAGAAAAUCACAGAAACCUCCUAUGCUGUGGUCUUUACAUUUAACGUGGUUAACAUCAGCAUCCCAGAGGACCCUGAGCUCAGAGACAACACCUACCAGCAAGUGCAGGAUACCAUCAAUAAUGCGCUGAACACUCUUCUGAAUGAACCUGGCCAGCUAGUUUUUGCACCCAAGUCCUCCAACUUCACAAGCACUUCAAGCCAGAUUGAUGGCAGGAUGGAUUACACCUUCCAGGAUGGAGAUGCCAUACAACCAGUCAGCUUCCUAAAUGAGCUACGUCUACUGACCACUACAACAGUGUUUCCACAAACAACAACUGGUUUCCCUGUUACUACUACCAACCUCAUAUCUGGUUCAGCAGUGGUCAUAAGCAAGCUGGUGUUCAACUCCUCAUCUCCAGUCCCCAGUGAAGCUCUGGUCCUCAGUGCUGUCAACACUCUCCGUAAUUCCAGAGAGUCACAGCUCAAUGAAACAGUGAAGGUGGUCAAUGUCACCUAUGAGAAAAUCUCAGAAACCUCCUAUGCUGUGGUCUUUACAUUUAACCUGGUUAACAUCAGCAUGCCAGAGGACCCUGAGCUCAGAGACAAUACAUACCAGCAAGUGCAGGAUACCAUCAAUAAUGCGCUGAACACUCUUCUGAAUGAACCUGGCCAGCCAGUUCUUGAACCCAAGUCCUCCAACUUCAAAAGCACGUCAGACCAAAUUGAUGGCAGUAUGGAUUACACUUUCCAGGAUGAAGAUGCCAUACAACCAGUCAGCUUCCUAAAUGAGCUUCGUUCACAGACAGUCUUAACAACAACCAGUACUCUGACAACUACUCCACCAAAUGUGCUUGGCAAAGCGCUUAUAAACAUUCGACUCGUGUUUGUCACGCUGGGCCCACUGCCAAAUCCAGAUACGAUUCUUGAGGUGGCUAAGAAACUGAUGACCACACGUCUCGCAACUAAAGCAGACACCACAACAACCCUGAGUGAUGCUGUGAGCUUUGUCAGUGUCAAUUAUACGAAAAUAAACGAGACGGCCUAUGCUCUUGAAUUUGGAUUUGAAAUCAGCAAUAUAACCAUGUCUGAGAAAAUUGAACUCAGGAAUGGCACCCACCUGUCAAUACAAAACUCUAUAAACACAUUGCUGGGCAAGAUCCUCCUCAGUAACUCCUCAGCUCCUCUCAUUAAGUUCCAAGAGGCUGAUUUCCAGGGUAAUUCCACUGUAAUUCAGGCCAAAGUAGAAUAUGUUUUCUCACCAAAUGACUUCUCGCAACCCAGUUCCUUUGUUCAGGCACUUCAGUCUGCUGAAGCGACCACAACUUCACCACCGAUCUUGAUUAGGAGGGCGAUUAUUAAGAUUCGUCUCGAGUUUAUAACACUGGGCCCAAGACCAAGUGAGAGUAAUGUUAUAGAGGUGGUUAAAUCUAUAGUGGCCACAAAUCUCACAACUAAACUAACCACAAGAGUAUUAAACGUGGAUGAUCCUGUGACCUUGGAGAACGUUAAUUAUUUGGCAAUUAAUGACACCGCCUAUGCACUCAUCUUCACAUUUGAAAUCAGCAAAGUAUCCCUGACAGACGCAAUAAGGAACGAAACCUAUCAAGCAAUCCAAAAUAAGAUAAAUACUUUGUUGUUCCAGAUCCUAAAGGACCCCUCAUUCAAUCUGCUCCUUCGAGCCGAUUUCCAGGACGAUUCCACAGUGAUUGAAGCCAAUGUUACGUAUGUUUUCUCACAAUAUAACAUCAACGGGAACUCCGGUUCCUUGGUCUAUGGACUUUUCUCAGCUUUUACCACCCCAGUUCCAACCACCAUGAACACAACAAUCUCAAACAACGGUACAAAUGCAGCAUGGGUUGUGGCUAUCAUUGUCCCCGUUGCUAUUGUCCUUGGGCUUGUGCCUUGCUGGAUUCUUCUUUGCUGUUUGCUGUGUGGUUGCUGUGCAGCAAUCAGAAGGCGCUGGCACAGAAGACGGUCAUACAAUGUACAGUACACCACUCGAAACAGCCUCUUCUAGAGAGAUCAGAGAUAUUUGGCAAAAACAGGACUGAACACCAAUGAAAACAUAACAAUCACAAUUUAAGCUUUGGAUUUUGGAUAUUUAACAUGCAAUUCAAUACUGCCUCUUCUGUAAUAAUGAAAGUACUAUGUUAAUGCUUCUUUUUUAAAGUAUUUGUUUUAUUAUGCCUGUUUUGCUAGACAAACAGGUUCUCCAUGAAAUGUUCCUAAAUGUGAUGUUUUCAUACUUUCUAUGUAGUGUAUAAUGAAAUUGAAUUGUUUUUAUUUAUUUGUAUUUAUUUAUAAUAUUCUGCAAAGAUUACAGUUAAAAAUCUUUUGCAAAUGAUUAGUCUGCUAGAUAUUUAAGGGACAAAAGUAAAACCUUGGAAUUAUAGUUAUUUAUUCACACUUCAUGCACUUUAUAAAUGGAAAGCAAGUAUAAAGCAAAGUCACUGGCAUGAAUAUGGUAAACUGCAAAAAUUGCAAUAAAAAUACUAGAUCAAUA